CUCAACAGAUGAGUGACUCCCCUACAGAUGCUGGAGAACCGUCUAGAGUACCUGAGACGCCUACAAAUGGACAAAGCUCAACGGAUCCAGCAGAUUUAUUGACUCUGGACCAAUUGCUUCGAUCUGCAGGCCGUGCAAGCCUAAAAAAACUUGAUCCGAGAAGAAUGAAUGGUGAUGGAUGGUUUGAAUACACCAAGGGGAUUACUAAGGCUGUGAAAAAAAUUGUGGAGAGCGAUUUCAAAGAAGUGGCUCCUAAUUGGUCAACACUCUCAAGCGAUACCAAGUUACGUUGGUUCAAAGCAUUUGCGCAAAAGUAUAAUUGGCGUUAUGAGAUAACAACACUUGUUCAACAUGAGUUUGAGACUUUGUGUGCAUCUCGUUUGCUGGGAUAUGUCCAUGAAUGGAAAAAGGCAUGGAAGCAAGACAAGGGGAAGCCCCAAUGGAUGUUAAACUCUGUUUGGAUUGGUCUUAUUGCUUUCUGGGAAAACGAGAAAAGCAUCAAGAGAAGCAAAACCAACUCCAAAAAUAAGAAGAGCGAUCGUGGUGGCUUAGGGAUAGCUAAGCACACAUGUGGGUCAAUGCCAUAUGUCCGGAGAAGAGAAGAGAUGCGUGAUAAGGUGACAGGAGAGCUCCCAGAUAUGGUUACUUUUAUGGAAGCAACCCAUAAGAGAAAGUCUGAUGGUGUAUUUGUGUGCAAAAAAGCUGAGUUGAUCGCCAAAAAAUGUCGAAACAUGGAGCACCAAAUUCUUAGUCAAAGAGACAAUGAUGAUGGUGACACUUUGGACACUAACCAUCUUACACAAGAAGAAAUUGAUGCCAUUUACCAAGGGGAAGUUCAAGUGAAGAAAGGCAAGAAAUUUGGCUAUGGUUCAAUUCCGGAAGCUGAUCCUAGUGUUGAUGCAUCUCCAAAUUAUGAAGAAAUGUAUCUUGAGACUCAAGAAAAGCUCCAGAAAUCGGACCAAGUGAUUGAGGGAAUGCUGCUGAAGUUUAAAGAUGUUGAUUUUUGGAUUACUAUGAUGCAGAACAAGUUUCCAAAUGAAGUUCCACCUUCCAUGAUAACAACAAUGAACACCAAUGGUGGUCUUUGAAUUCAAUUAGUAAUUUGGUUUCAUUAAGACUUUAAGCAUUUAGGAUUGUUUUUCAAUAUUAUGUUUGGAUGUUUAAGUGUUUUGAGAUUUUAAAAU